AUGGCCCUGCGAAUUGCUGCUCGACGGCUUGGCAGCCGUGCUGCUCGGCGCCCAUACGCUUUUGAGUCAUUUGUACAGUGCCGAUUUGCUUCUACAGCGGGUGCCUCGAAUCUACCCCAAGAUGUCAAGAAGCAGAUAUUUAAAGAAGCAUCUCUUCCAAACGCCGAUCCAGCAGCGGAUUCUGCCACAGCGGCCUUUGUGAAUGAGCGUGCUCCCUACAUGGUGACGACUUAUGUACGACCGCUUCCGGUUAUAGUCAAGGGUGAAGGAUGCUAUCUGUGGGAUAUGGAGAACCGACGAUACCUGGAUUUUACCGCCGGCAUUGCGGUGACGUCUCUGGGACACUCCGAUCCCGGCGUGACAAAAGCCAUCAACGAGCAGGCUCGAACACUGCUUCAUGCAUCUAAUCUGUAUCACAACAACUGGACGGGUAGCUUGAGCAAGCUUCUUGUGGCUCAGACACACUCGUCCGGCGCCAUGCGAGGUGCCACCCAGGCUUUCAUCUCCAACUCCGGCACUGAAGCCAACGAAGCGGCGAUAAAAUUUGCCCGAAAAGUCGGCCACAGCCUUGACCCCUCUGGUGCAAAGUAUGAAUUCGUCUCCUUCCAUAAUUCUUUCCACGGUAGAACAUUCGGCGCUCUCUCCGCCACCCCCAACCCCAAAUACCAAGCUCCUUUCGCUCCCAUGGUCCCCGGAUUCAGAUACGGAAAAUACAACGACAUCGAGCAACUACCUAGGCUCAUCACCGAGAAAACGUGCGGCGUCAUCGUCGAGCCCAUCCAGGGCGAAGGCGGCGUCCACUGCGCAACCCCAGAAUUCUUAACCGCCCUCCGCGCCCGCUGCGACGAGGUCGGCGCGAUCCUGAUCUUCGACGAGAUCCAAUGCGGUCUCUCUCGCACCGGCUCCCUCUGGGCACACUCCCACCCAUCCCUGGUCCCCACAAACGGAGCCCAGCAGCCCGCGCACCCGGACAUCCUCACCACCGCUAAAGCCCUAGGAAACGGCUUCCCCAUCGGAGCAACCCUCAUCUCCGACAACGUGGGCAAGCACAUCAAGACCGGCGACCACGGAACCACAUUUGGCGGAAACCCACUCGCCUGCCGCGUCGCGCAUCACGUCUUCACCCGCCUCGCCUCGCGAGAACUACAGGAAACCGUGCUCAAGCGCUCAGAGGUAUUUGUCGCGGGGCUCAAGGCGCUCAGGGAGAAAUACCCAGGCGCUAUUUCUGAAAUCCGCGGUCGCGGACUGAUUCUCGGGAUGCAACUCACCGGGAAAUACGCCUCUCGCGUGGGAGACAUUGUAACCGCCGCCAGAGAGAGGGGCCUCCUGGUGAUAACCGCCGGUGAAGGGUGUCUCAGAUUCGUACCCCCGUUGGUGAUCAGCGAGGAGGAGAUUCAGGAAGGGUUGCAGAUUCUAGGAAAUGCAAUGGAGAAGGUAUUCCAGAAGUAA